AUGAGUGAGCCACAUGAAAUAGAUGUUCGUCGUGAAAAUUUUCGCCCACUUCUUGACGAUUCCGAAGGUUGUCAAACACUUAAUCCUAUUAUUGGUUAUGCUCAAGAGCCACUUCUACCUUUGGCUGAUGCAUGUGCAUCGUUGGCCGACAUUAUUUAUGAUAUAUUUACCUAUGUUACAGUUGCCUUAGAAAAUACUCCAAAAUAUCCAGCCGAUGGUCUGACUCGCGAUGAAUCAGCUUCGAUUCGUCUUUACACGAUGAAAUGGCCUGAUGCACACGAAAGUCUCUCUUGGAGUCUCAAUCAAACCCUCAGGAGAGCUAAUGUCGAAGACCUACGAAAGUGGUUCAAAUACCUCAAACUUUUUCUUACUGCCUUGACUAAAAUACCUUGUGUACCGCCGCAGACCGUCUGGCGUGGAAUACCAACAAAUAUUAGUCACGAAUUUCUGACUGGAACUCAAUUGACAUUGAGGGCUUUUUCAUCGUGUACAACAAGCCUCAUUGUGUUAGAGAGUGAUGCCUAUUUGGGUAAUGAGGGUGAGAGAACUCUUCUCUCUAUCGAAGUCUUCAACGGUAGACGUAUACGUGAUCAUUCACAAUAUGGAACCGAUGAUGAAAUUAUACUGCUACCAGGAACAUAUGUUCAAGUACAAGCACAACACAGUCCGGCUCCUGGUCUCCACAUUGUUCAUUUGCAACAGAAGAUACCAGAAGAAAUACUACUUGAGCCUCCAUUCGAAGGUAUCUUGAAGAUUUUUAAUGAUUCGAUUAUGAUAGAAAUAUAUCUAUAUUUAGGUGCAUGUCUUUAUCCAACAAUUAAAUGUGAUCAUACAUCAUUUGCUUUUCAACAUGCAAUUAGGAAUUUAAAUGUAAAAACAAAACGUAUAGUUGGUAAUUUUCAUCCAAGUAAAUGGAAAGUAAAUAAUUAUUUAAUUGUUUUCGUUGAAAGAAUAUCUUUGAAUAGUAUCGUUCACCUGGAUCAUCAUCAUCAUUUAUUCCAGCGCAUCUUUAAUCAAUUUGGAAUAUUUUCUACACCAUCACCACCAAGAAAAAUUCGAUUACAAUCCGAUUCAUCAGCACCUAAUGCACUUUCUUCUUCAGCAAUUCUUAAUAUGUAUUUACCAACAUCAAAGGAGAAAAAAAUUGAUAUUGCAACAAAAACUACAUCAUCUGUUGAAUAUCAUACAUCUAUUAUUGAAAGUAUUGAAAUCGUUAAACGACCACUUUUAUUUAAUCAAUAUGAUAAUGAUGCAUCCAACGGAUUUUUUUCAUCAUCGACUGUAACUAAAACAAAGGUCUCGACGGGCGAUAUUUUAUUGAUAGUAUAUGAUGGGACUGGUUGUAAAAGUGAUAAAACAAGAUCUUCUGAACACGAUGAAAUGAAUAAUAAUAUGAUGGUGAUGUAUAGUGCAUCAACAGCAAGCUCAAAUGCUGUGGCUGUUACUGUUCCAAUGAACGAAGAUUAUGAAGAUGACAAGAGUGAAAAUAAAGAUAAAGAUAAACAAGUCAAUAAAUACUAA